UACCGCGAAUGAGUCAUGCUUUCGUAUUAGUGAUACUUCAAAGAUUCUGCGGAACAUUGUUUCUUUGUAAUAUAUAUUUUACAAUGAAUUCAGAACAUCGUAGAAGGAUUGAUUUAUAUUGUGAUAUCAUAGUACCUAAACUGAAUAUAAUGAAAUUAUGGCCUAAGUUACUAGAGAAUGGGAUUUUUAACAUUGAUGAUAUUAAUAUAUCUACAUGGAAAAGAAACUUUGACAAAGAAGAAACUGUUAAAAGUAUUUGGUUAACAAUUAAAACUAGAGGACCUUUUGCAUUUCAAAAUCUGCUUUUGAGUUUACAACAAAGUGAUCAUGAAGAAUUAGCAGAAAUGUUAGAUAAACGGUCAGAUGAAAAUACAGAAAUAAAUGACAAUUAUUUUUCUCGUAUCAAGGAUACUGCAGAACCUCUACAAAUCAAAGUGAGAAAAGCAAAAGAAUUUUCAAGUGGUCCGAUUAACAGUAUCAUUAAAACUUAUAGAAUGAGAAGUAAUCCUCGUGGAUUGGUUUUAAUCAUUACAAAUAUUGAUUAUAAUCCUAAUAUACAAAAACCUAGAAAGUCAGCAAUACACGAUGAAAUAAAUCUUCAAAAAUUGUUUGAAGAAAUGGGAUUUUCUGUUGAAACAUAUAGCAAUUUGACAGGACAGCAAAUUAUGGAUCGUGUUAAAACAUUUUCACAGCGUAAAGAUUUACAAAAUGUUGACUCGUGCUUUGUAAUUAUUAGUAGUCAUGGUAAAAAAGGAGAAGAGAAUUACACAGAAAUAGAAGGUGUAGAUCAUUACUAUGAACGUAAAUAUACAAAAGUCUUUUGUUCAGAUAUCAUAGACUGUUUCACAUCAGAAGCUUGUCCUUACUUAGCAGAAAAGCCAAAAGUAUUUAUUUUUCAAUUAUGUCGAGGUGACAAAAGACAAACCAUUACACAUAUACCUGAACAGGUAACGGAUUCAUCUGACAAUCAUACAGUUAUGAACAAUCCUAGAUACAUUCUUAGAGAAAAACCAACUAGAAAUUAUUCUGAUUUCUUAAUUGCAUAUGCUACAUUACCAGGAUAUGUUGCCUUUCGAAAUAAUAUAACUGGUAGUUGGUUUAUACAAAUAUUUUGUGAGGUUUUUAUGAAUUAUGCUCAUGACCAUCAUCUGUGUGAUUUAUUAAAAUUAGUCGAUUCAAGGCUGAAAAAUGUGACACAUUCUGGUGGUUGUCAAACAGUAGUGGUUGAAACGAAGGGUUUUCAUAAAUACUGUUUCCUCAAUCCUGGCUUUUUUGGAAAUGAAAAAAAGCAAUAAUAAUUAAAAAUUAAUAACAAUAUAUUUUAAUGUUAAGUUGUAAUAAACAUAACAGAGAAAUUAUUUAAAUAAUGUUAUCUGUAACAAACAUAUAUAUUUUAUACGGAUUUGUGAUAUAAUGCAAAAAAAAAAUAAAUAAAUACUUUAUAUCUAUGAAAAAGUGCUAUCAAUAUUUCCAAAGUCAAUUCAUCUUAUUAUUAGAAGUUAAAAUCACGCGUGAAUAAUCAGACGUUUUUAUUUACAUAUUUGUUUCAUUCAAUGAUAACAUGUAACUAUUACGUCCUUAUGCAUGACGAAUUCCCGAUUAUAAUUUUAAUAAAGAAACUUUGUUACGAUGUUUUAUACGACUUAACGUACAGUGAAUAAAAUCGAACGGGCAAAUUGGCAUAUCGGUAGUUAGGCAUAGAAUCAAAUCAACAUGAACACACAUCCUCUUAAAAUGGCACACACGUUGAUUUAUAAUAUACGUUUUCUUUUCGCAAUAAUUCCAAUGAUAUUGUUAAAUUAUGAUCGUUAUUAUAUUAUAUCAAAUAUAGUUUCGAAUAUUUUUAUUAGAAUAUUGAAGAUUAUAAUGAAAUUAAUUUUUAUUCAGUAUGAAUUUUUGAUUAUUAAUUUAUUUCAAUAUAGAUAAUCAAUAAGAUAUUUAUACAUGAAACACUACAUUGAAAAGCAAGAUUGUAAAGUACAAUAAAAUGAAAUGCUUAUUAAACCGUUAAAUUUUGUUACCGUACGCUUCAACCGAAGGCGUGAUUUCAAAGACGUAGUCACAAUGUAAAAUUCAAAUAAGUUGCUUGCAGUGAUCGAUUCGGAGCGGUACUUUUCAAUAUGUGGAAUUUUUUCUCUUCGUUUAUUUUUGUACCCGUGAUUUUUUCUAUUAUUUGCUUACCUAAUAACGUAAAAUUACUUCCAAAUCAUGAUCGUCGGAAUACGAUAAGGCGAAGUUUAAAAUCAAAUAUGACUCAAACAUCUAUUAGUUAUAAACGUGAGUAAUAUGGGAUAUAUAUAUAUAUGUGUGUGUAAAAUUAUAAAAUAAAUUUUAAUUAUUUUUUAAGUUGAUACUUGGUCAAAAUAUGACAAUCCUGAGGAAGGUAUGCAUCAUGAAGGAGAUAUUCAAAUAUUAAAUACUCGAAAAACAAUCACAUCAUUUAAAAAAUUAUUAUGGCCAAAUGGAAUAGUAUAUUAUACUAUAGAUGAAGCUAUUGGUAAAUUAAUUUUGUAUAUAGCUAUUAUUAUUUAUUUAUAAUUUAUAUGAAUUAAAUAAUUUUUUUUCCUAUUUAAUAGACAUAAUUUUGAGGAUAUUUGUAUUUUAUUAUAGAAAACAGUCCGCAACAAUUUUCU